CGCUUCAGUUUUAUUUCGUGACACGAAGCCGUCAAUCGCGCACGUUUGCUGAGAGAUCUACUAGAUUAAUCUACAAAGCUACAGAACAAGAGGAUUAGCUAAACUAACAAAAUGGCCAAAGCACCAGCGGUAGGUAUUGAUUUGGGUACAACGUACUCGUGCGUGGGUGUAUUCCAGCACGGGAAGGUGGAGAUCAUCGCCAACGACCAGGGCAACAGGACCACGCCCUCAUAUGUCGCCUUCACGGACACGGAGCGUCUUAUUGGCGAUGCCGCCAAGAACCAGGUGGCGAUGAACCCCAACAACACCAUCUUCGACGCCAAACGACUCAUCGGUCGCAAGUUCGAGGACACCACAGUACAAGCCGACAUGAAACACUGGCCCUUCGAGGUAGUCAGUGAUGGUGGCAAACCAAAGAUUAAAGUAUCAUACAAAGGUGAAGACAAGACCUUCUUCCCUGAAGAAGUGAGCUCAAUGGUGCUUACGAAGAUGAAGGAAACAGCCGAGGCCUACCUCGGUAAAACGGUGCAGAAUGCAGUAAUCACGGUUCCAGCGUACUUCAACGACUCACAAAGACAGGCCACUAAAGAUGCGGGUACCAUCUCUGGCCUCAAUGUUCUCCGGAUCAUCAACGAGCCGACUGCUGCUGCGAUUGCGUACGGUCUUGACAAGAAGGGAGGUGGAGAACGUAAUGUACUUAUUUUCGAUCUCGGCGGUGGUACUUUUGAUGUGUCUAUCCUGACUAUCGAGGAUGGCAUCUUCGAGGUGAAAUCUACCGCCGGUGACACUCACUUGGGAGGUGAGGACUUCGACAACCGUAUGGUUAACCACUUUGUCCAGGAGUUUAAGAGGAAAUACAAAAAGGACCUUACCACCAACAAGAGAGCGCUCCGUAGGUUGCGCACGGCUUGCGAGAGGGCGAAGAGGACCCUGUCUUCUUCCACUCAGGCCAGCAUUGAAAUCGAUUCUCUGUUCGAGGGUAUCGACUUCUACACGUCCAUCACCCGUGCCCGCUUCGAGGAGCUGAACGCAGACCUGUUCAGAUCUACCAUGGAGCCCGUAGAGAAGUCCCUACGUGACGCCAAAAUGGACAAGUCCCAAAUCCACGACAUCGUACUGGUCGGUGGAUCCACUCGCAUUCCCAAAGUGCAGAAGCUCCUUCAGGACUUCUUCAACGGCAAGGAGCUGAACAAAUCCAUCAAUCCCGACGAGGCCGUCGCCUACGGUGCGGCCGUCCAGGCUGCUAUCCUGCACGGCGACAAGUCCGAGGAGGUGCAGGACCUGCUGCUGCUCGACGUGACGCCCCUCUCGCUCGGUAUCGAGACCGCCGGCGGCGUCAUGACUACGCUCAUCAAGCGCAACACCACCAUCCCCACCAAACAAACCCAGACCUUCACCACCUACUCUGAUAACCAACCUGGUGUGCUGAUCCAAGUGUUUGAGGGCGAGCGCGCCAUGACCAAGGACAACAACCUUCUCGGCAAGUUCGAGCUGACCGGCAUCCCGCCCGCGCCCCGCGGCGUGCCGCAGAUCGAAGUCACCUUCGACAUCGACGCUAACGGCAUCCUGAACGUGUCUGCCGUCGAGAAGUCCACCAACAAGGAGAACAAGAUCACCAUCACAAACGACAAGGGCCGCCUGUCCAAGGAGGAGAUCGAGCGCAUGGUGAACGAGGCCGAGAAGUACAGGAACGAGGACGACAAGCAGAAGGAGACCAUCCAGGCCAAGAACGCGCUCGAGUCAUACUGCUUCAACAUGAAGUCCACCAUGGAGGAGGAGAAGCUGAAGGACAAGAUCUCGGACGCCGACAAGCAGACCAUCCUGGACAAGUGCUACGAGACCAUCAAGUGGCUGGACUCCAACCACCUGGCGGAGAAGGAGGAGUACGAGCACAAGCAGAAGGACUUGGAGGCGAUCUGCAACCCCAUCAUCACGAAGCUGUACCAGAGCGCGGGCGGAGCGCCCGGUGGCAUGCCCGGCGGCGUGCCCGGCUUCCCUGGUGCCGCUCCCGGAGCCGGCGCCGGCGCCGCGCCCGGCGGAGGAGCCGGACCCACCAUCGAAGAGGUCGAUUAAACAUUCCACCUGUAUUGGAAACGUCUUCUCAUUGUCAUCUCAGUGUUGAAGCUUAAAAAUAAAGUAAAUUAUUGAAAUUUC